AUGGCCUCUCGCGAUCACCAUCAAGAUCAGCACACAUUGUCUUCCGUCAACACACACUUCGAGUCAGAAGAAAAGUUACGCUAUGAACUCGCCAGAACUGUAACACUCACGCCGGAGCUUUACGAGAGGCUUUUCAUCUCUCCAAAGACAAAUGUGUCCGGCGACUUCCGGACACGAUUUGGAAACCCUACACCCAUCGGUGUCCUGGGCUUCUCUGUUGGUGUCAUUCCCCUAGCCAUCUCAUUCAUGGGAUGGCAAGGCUCCGGUGGAUCCUCAGUCGCAACCACAACCGUCAACAUCUGGUUCGGCGGCGUCCUACUAUUUAUCGCUGGCUUCGGUGAAUUCCUCUUAGGCAACACAUUUCCCAUGAUGGUCUUCUUCGCUUACGGCGCCCACUUCCUCACCUAUGCCACCACCUUCAUCCCCUGGUACAACGCUGUCGGCUACUUCAACCCCGACGGCUCUGGUAUUGGCAGCCCUGGCCCUGGUAAUCAGACUGCCAUGUUCGCAGCAAGCUAUGGUAUGUCGCACCGACCCUUCUAUCCAAUGGUCAUGUGCAUCCUCUCCUUCAUCUUCCUGGUUGGCAGUCUGCGCACAAAUCUCGUCUUCGUCAUCAUCUUCAUCUUCGCGACCAUCGGGUUCGGACUCGGCGCUGGGGCUUUCUUUCAUCUCGCGCGAGGCAACAUUGCCACGGGGACGAAACUCGCGACGGGAUUGGGGGCGUGUUUCUUCGCUACGGGUGUGCUAGGGUUUUACUUCUUACUCGCGCUGGUCGUGGCGAUUAUGGAGCUGCCGAUUCCCGAUAUUCCGGUUGGUGAUAUGAGUACCGUUAUCAAGGCGAAGUCGAGGGCUGUUGCUAAGGAGGAUUAG